AUGGUGCAGCACCCCGCGCUUCUUCCUGGCGGCAGCAAGUCCUAUGGCUCGAGAGACAUCGACGCGAUGCCCAAGAACUUCACACUGAGUCCUCGCCGCCGUCUCACGCAAUGGUACAUCAACAUGGCGCUCAUCAACUUUGUCGAGUUUGCGGCCGAGUCCUCGCGGGGCGUCGUGCUGGCCACGCUCUUCCUCUACACGAAAUCCCUGGGCGGCAAUUUGGCCUUUAUGGGUCUCCUGACGUCGCUCUUCUCCGUCGGACGACUCAUCUCGUCCACGAUCUUUGGCUGGAUGUGCGAUCACUACUCGUUCCGCUCGGUCUACCUCGUUUCAUCGGGCAUCUGCCUGCUGGGCAAUUUCAUCUACCUCAUGGCAGACAUCCACGUGACGAACAGCUUGCCGCUGUUGGCAGCAAGUCGCUUCAUCGUGGGCUUUGGGGCUGGCAACCGUAGCGUCUGUCGUGCCAACGUCGCCGCCAUGACCACCAUCAACCAGCGCUUGCGCUACCUCACGAUCCUGGCGACGGUCGUGUUUCUCGGCUACGCCUUGACGCCAGGUCUCGGCAGCCUCGUGGCGGACGUGGACGUGUUCUUCUACGGCAUGCACUUCAACAAGUUCACCUCGCCGGGCGUGAUCCUCGUCGCGUUCAACCUGGUCACGAUCUUUGCCAUGCUGACGACAUACGACCCGACCAUUGACAUCCACGACGGCCCACUUGAGUCGCCCAGCACCGCUGCCACGACCAACACGCUGUCGGAUCUCACGUCCAUGCCCGGACGCAUCGUGAACAUUGGCGCGAUGGUGUUUAUCUUCCUCAACUUUUCUGCUCGUGGUAUACUGUCAGUGUUUGAGACAGUGAACAUCCCGCUGUUCCUCCAAGUGACCGGCAGCGAUCCCGACAGCGUCGCAGCGGUCGUCGACGCCUCCAACUUCCAGUUCUACUUGGGGUUGCUCGGUCUUGUGUCGUACUUCUCCAUCGAGGUCUUCCGCAAGCGAAUCACCGACGUCAACUGGGUGCAACUUGGCUUUACCGUCCUACUCGUGGGCAACAUCGUGCUGGCACUGAAACCAGCUUCGCUCACGUUCAGCCGCCUGGCAUUUGCAGAGCUUUUGGUCUGGAGCAUCGGCUGUCCGAUCACGACUGCCGUUGUCGUGGCGGCCUUCUCCAAGAUUCUCGGUGGCCGACCACAGGGGACGCUCAUGGGGCUGCUCGGCUCUGCAGGCUCUGUUUCGCGUAUCGUUUUGCCGCUGUUGCCCGCGGCCAUUCCAUCGCUGACUCCAGUGUUCAUGAUCAACAUCACGCUGUGUGCUGUGAGCGUGGCACUGCUGCACUGGUACAAUCGUGUGGUGUACCGGACGAAGAUGGCGAUGCUGACGGAUGUCGAAAAUGCGUUUGCAGUCGCGUCUCCACCGAAUGACCCGCGGUCGCCACUAGGGUCGGACAAGGUGGACUUCGACGACAACUAA